AUGCUAGAUCUAACAUGUCCAGGACUGGAUGGUGAAUGUGGUGGCACUGGUUACAUGCUAGAUCUAACAUGUCCAGGACUGGAUGGUGAAUGUGGUGGCACUGGUUACAUGCUAGAUCUAACAUGUCCAGGACUGGAUGGUGAAUGUGGUGGCACUGGUUGCAGGCUAGAUUUAACAUGCCCAGGAUGGGAUGGUGAAUGUGGUGGCACUGGUUGCAUGCUAGAUCUAACAUGCCCAGGACUGGAUGGUGAAUGUGGUGGCACUGGUUGCAUGCUAGAUCUAACAUGCCCAGGACUGGAUGGUGAAUGUGGUGGCACUGGUUGCAUGCUAGAUCUAACAUGCCCAGGACUGGAUGGUGAAUGUGGUGGCACUGGUUGCAUGCUAGAUCUAACAUGCCCAGGACUGGAUGGUGAAUGUGGUGGCACUGGUUACAUGCUAGAUCUAAUAUGCCCAGGACUGGAUGGUGAAUGUGGUGGCACUGGUUACAUGCUAGAUCUAACAUGCCCAGGACUGGAUGGUGAAUGUGGUGGCACUGGUUGCAUGCUAGAUCUAACAUGCCCAGGACUGGAUGGUGAAUGUGGUGGCACUGGUUGCAUGCUAGAUCUAACAUGCCCAGGACUGGAUGGUGAAUGUGGUGGCACUGGUUGCAUGCUAGAUCUAACAUGUCCAGGACUGGAUGGUGAAUGUGGUGGCACUGGUUUCUUGCUAGAUCUAACAUGUCCAGGACUGGAUGGUGAAUGUGGUGGCACUGGUUGCAUGCUAGAUCUAACAUGUCCAGGACUGGAUGGUGAAUGUGGUGGCACUGGUUGCAUGCUAGAUCUAACAUGCCCAGGACUGGAUGGUGAAUGUGGUGGCACUGGUUACAUGCUAGAUCUAACAUGCCCAGGACUGGAUGGUGAAUGUGGUGGCACUGGUUACAUGCUAGAUCUAACAUGCCCAGGACUGGAUGGUGAAUGUGGUGGCACUGGUUGCAUGCUAGAUCUAACAUGCCCAGGACUGGAUGGUGAAUGUGGUGGCACUGGUUGCAUGUUAGAUCUAACAUGCCCAGGACUGGAUGGUGAAUGUGGUGGCACUGGUUGCAUGCUAGAUCUAACAUGCCCAGGACUGGAUGGUGAAUGUGGUGGCACUGGUUGCAUGUUAGAUCUAACAUGCCCAGGACUGGAUGGUGAAUGUGGUGGCACUGGUUGCAUGUUAGAUCUAACAUGCCCAGGACUGGAUGGUGAAUGUGGUGGCACUGGUUGCAUGUUAGAUCUAACAUGCCCAGGACUGGAUGGUGAAUGUGGUGGCACUGGUUGCAUGCUAGAUCUAACAUGCCCAGGACUGGAUGGUGAAUGUGGUGGCACUGGUUGCAUGCUAGAUCUAACAUGCCCAGGACUGGAUGGUGAAUGUGGUGGCACUGGUUGCAUGUUAGAUCUAACAUGCCCAGGACUGGAUGGUGAAUGUGGUGGCACUGGUUGCAUGCUAGAUAUAACAUGCCCAGGACUGGAUGGUGAAUGUGGUGGCACUGGUUACAUGCUAGAUCUAACAUGCCCAGGACUGGAUGGUGAAUGUGGUGGCACUGGUUGCAUGCUAGAUCUAACAUGCCCAGGACUGGAUGGUGAAUGUGGUGGCACUGGUUGCAUGCUAGAUCUAACAUGGCCAGGACUGGAUGGUGAAUGUGGUGGCACUGGUUGCAUGCUAGAUCUAACAUGCCCAGGACUGGAUGGUGAAUGUGGUGGCACUGGUUGCAUGCUAGAUCUAACAUGCCCAGGACUGGAUGGUGAAUGUGGUGGCACUGGUUGCAUGCUAGAUCUAACAUGGCCAGGACUGGAUGGUGAAUGUGGUGGCACUGGUUGCAUGCUAGAUCUAACAUGCCCAGGACUGGAUGGUGAAUGUGGUGGCACUGGUUACAUGUUAGAUCUAACAUGCCCAGGACUGGAUGGUGAAUGUGGUGGCACUGGUUGCAUGCUAGAUCUAACAUGCCCAGGACUGGAUGGUGAAUGUGGUGGCACUGGUUGCAUGCUAGAUCUUACAUGCCCAGGACUGGAUGGUGAAUGUGGUGGCACUGGUUGCAUGCUAGAUCUAACAUGCCCAGGACUGGAUGGGGAAUGUGGUGGCACUGGUUGCAUGCUAACCUCGCUCUGA